UUUACAACGACAUACACAAGCAUCACUACAAUGCCGCCCACAGCGUUCCCAAUGCUAUCUCCAGAGAUCCUGGCGCAUCACCCAGCCUCAGAGGUAGUCGACCUCCCCACCCUCAUCGAGGAACAGGACCGCCUGGCCGAGGAGGCACGCGAGGUGCUUCCCUACUCGUUCGACGAGUGCACCUACUCCAAGGGAGCGUUACGGCAGUCCAUCUUUUCAUGUAUUGACUGCGGAGAGAAGGGCGUGUGUUAUGGCUGCUCCAUAUCGUGCCACGCUGAGCACCGUUUGGUUGAGCUGUGGACCAAGCGCUCGUUCAGAUGUGACUGUCCCACGUCAUCGAUGACACCGGCCGAAGCUGGGCCCUCCAAAUCCAAACGACACUGCACCCUCAACCCGCCUCAUGAGCAACCUCAACCUCCCAACGAGACGAACCGCUACACCAAGAACUUUGCAGGCAAGUUCUGCCGCUGUGGAAGGGACUAUGACCCCUUGACGGAGACUGAGGUGAUGGUGAACUGCCUUGCCUGUGAAGACUGGUUCCACGAGUCGUGCCUCAACCUCCAGCCGCAGCGGGAAGCGCCAUUAGACGAUGAAGAGGAUGAAGAGGCCGACUGCCUCAUUCCCUCAGACACGUACGAUGCUCUGAUCUGUGCAGACUGCGUGCGGCCGCACUCCUUGCUCUCUGAGCGUGCUGGAACGAGUGGGUGGAUGGCGAUUGUCCCAGGCGAGAAGGAAGGCGAGUGGACGGUGGUUGGGCGAGCAGAGUCUGCCACGAAUGGGUCCAAGCGCUCUCUGGAGGAAACGGACCUGCCCGACGCGAAGAGGACGCGUGUGGAGGGAUCGUCGGAACAAGAUGCCGUGUCGGCGGCUGUGAAUGCCGAAGUCGGCGCCACCGCGAAACCCGUGGAUAGUACACCUGCUACUCGGAGGAAGGGUGCGGGCGACAUAUUCCUUGCAAACGGCAUUCGUGAACGACUGGGACGCGAGCUCGACGAGAAGGCGAUUGCGUCCUUGCCAUUCCCUCUCGUCGACGAGGAGAUCUAUGAACCACCCGCGGACGAGGAGGAGCCCGAGACACUGGAUGCGGUUACUGAACGUAUGGUCAGCUCGUUGCCCCGUGUCCAGGCCAUUGAGGCUCUGCAUGGAUUCCACGCCAUGAAGGACAAACUCAAGGCCAUGCUCGCCGGUCAUGCUCAAUCGGGACAAAGUGUGAGCCGUGAAGACAUUGAGACGUUCUUCCAGGACCUCAGGCAGAACAAGUAGUUGUAAAGUAGACGCUCGCGACCAUGCUCGUGAUGCACCCUCGUUGUAUCAACCUCAGCGCUAAUUGAUUACCAC